CUGGGGGAGUAAAAUUUAAUUCGCCCAAAAAGUUAAAUACGUCUCCCUCCUUCCCCUGACUUUAGCCGUCGCCACCGCCCAAGCCCGCCGCUGUUCCGCCAUCUCCGCCAGGUUUGCUUUGGGCCUUGAAAGUUAACGCAAUAAAAGAUUCCACGUUCUAGAUUCCGGUUUCUAUUCUUCGCUUGCUAGGGAGAAAGAUUUGAAAUUCGAGAAAGUCAAACCUAACAAAGGAACAGAAGGUUGAACUCAUGACACUUCUGCUGUAGCAAGGCAGAAGAUCAGCAACGUCGUAUUUCAGUUGAUUCAUAAAUUGUUAGAAGAAGAUGGUUGCUGACCAAACCAAACACCAAAGAUCAGCAGCUCCACCUCGAACUCUUAAUGUGCAGAAAUUUGCAGAAUCUCGAGCUGCUGAGCUUGUGGCUCUUCAUUCUGUAGUCAAGAACCGCUUGGAUAAUGAUUUUCGAGCCCAGAGAAAUAAGAGGAGGAGAACGACUGGGCAUGACAACAGAUUGUCUCGGAGAAGAUAUAAAAAGAAGCAGAAAUUUGGAGAGACAGAUAAUGUUAGCACUGGUGUUCUGCCGAAGGAUGUGAAGAUGUUGUCACGCAGGGUUCGUAGGAGAAUUGAACUUAAGAAGAAUCCCCAGACUGGGUUUUCUGCUGCAGGGGAUGGUACCAAGAGAUUGAGAACACAUGUUUGGCAUGCAAAGCGAUUCACGAUUGAUAAACUUUGGGGAUUUUACCUUCCUAUAGGACUACAUGGCAGGGGUAAGGGAUCACGGGCUAUCCUGAAGAAAUCAAAAGAAGGAGUUUUUGUGCAUGAUGCGAGCUACUAUGGUGUUAUUCUACUUGAUGGUCCCGAGGCAAGCACAUCUGAAAACCUUGUGAAAUGUUGUCCUGAUGUUACUGGGGAGGGGGACGGGCAAAUCUAAGAGAAUGUUUUGGAAAAGAUGCUCAAUUCUGCGCUUGUGCCUAUGCUUUGCUGUGUUUUUCGGGAAUUCGUGAUCAUGACACUUAUGUUUUCAGGAUCUUUUAUUAUCAGUUCUAAGCUCCGUGCUGGUACCUUUUCCAUCAGGAAAUUGUGAAGAGGCAUUCCAGAAUAUAAUUUCUGGUGGAACUUAUGGUACUGCUAUGCUGCGUCAUGUUGGGCCACUGAAUUCGAAAAGUAUUGCUCCGGUGACCUAUAUGUGGAGAUCACGACAGUCAAAUUCUGUUUGUAAAGUAGGUGAGACUGGUGACUAUGAUGAGCAGCAGAGCGUUGACAAUUGUGCUUUGUUGAGGCAGCUGUGGCUAUGGAUACAUCCAUCUGCCUUCAGUGAAGGAUAUUGUGUUUUACAGUCAGAGUGUGAAAGGACAGCUGGACGCUUAAUAACUUGUAUGUCUCUUGAGGGCAAGCUUGCGAAGUUGGAGCUGAUAGGUUCCAGGGCAUUUGAGCUUAUUUGGAAGAUAUUGCAACCUAUUAGAAGUGUGUCUAUGGAUUCUUGUGCUUUACAAAAGUGUUCAGUUGCUAGCACUGAUGGUAAAACUCAUUUCCAGGACGCAUCUAGCCUUCCUGAUGAAGAUAAAAUUUCGAUGUCAGCAGUCAUUUCUCUAAUGGUGAAUGAUCCCAGGGUGCUUGUGGGAAAAUCUCUUAUUUCAGAACCAGAGGUUGGAGGGUCUAAUGAAAGUGAAAAUGAAAGAAAUACAUUCUUGGAUGGGACUAAAUUACAAAAAAUGGGUACGUUUUCAUCCUUAUUCUCAUGGCCUGAACAAAGCUACCAGUCUCUUGAGUUUGCUGACUUGUGGGAUAGCCGCAAGGGAAUCCUUCCUCCUUUGGAAGAAAGUAUUCUUUGCAAGGAAAAGUAUCGGCAAUCAUUAAAGUUCUUUGGUGUUGCUCAUCGAAAUUUGGGGAAAGUUGAUGCUUCACAAGAGACCACAUCAUCUGAGUAUUCUCAGUUAUGUCCAAUCAUGCUUCUUAAAGAUAACCUUUCUGACAGGUUUUCGAGGUGGUCAAUUAUUCUUCCACUAAGUUGGGUCAAAGUCUUUUGGAUUGCCAUAGUUUCCAAUGGUGCUCAAGCCAUUGGAUUGAGAGAAAGGCACUGGAUUGCACGUGAAGCUGGGUUACCUUGUUUUCCUUCAGACUUUCCUGAUACCAAAGCUUACUCUCGUCAAAUUGAAGUGGAGGACACUAUGAAGGAGAAGAAAGCAAAACUUCAACCUCCUUCCCUAAGGCCUCCUAGAGUCCUACCUCUGCCUUGUUGGGAGCAAGUCCAAAGUAUGUCCCAGAUAAAAUCACUCCUAGCGAGAGAUACAAAUAUUCUUCCGGUUGCUGACCUCUCAUGUAAAAAUGUGUAUUGCAACACAGCAGUUUUGGAUUGUGAUGGUGUUUCUUUCAAUGGCUAUGUAGCAAGGACAUCCUUUAUGCUUAUCCAUUCCCUGGCCCAUUUUGGUGGUAAUAAUUUAUUCCUAACCACAAAAGUGGCUGAUGGAAAGAAUUGGUUGCCUAAGGUUUUAAAGGACAUGAAAACAUCUGAGCACUCAGAAAAUGGUGUUUGCUCCAACUUAAAAUGCAGUCAAAACUUAUUCUUCGCAAGAGUUCAUUUGUCCGCUUACCGGGAAGGUGUUUAUGAAGAAGGAGCUGUUGUCUGUGCUCCACUAUCCAAUGAUAUAACUUUAUUAACAACCAGGUCCGAGGAUGGUGGUGAAAAAUGUCAAAUACCUCAAUCUUUGCUAAGUUCUUGUUUUGAUCAGCAGCCGGCUCGGAUAAUAGAAUUUCAGUUGCUCAAAGAUUUGCCAGAUAGUGAGUCCACUAGGCGACCAAUUGGUUUCGUUACAACUGGUUUUGUUCAGGGAAGCAAGAAGCCCAUGGCGACAGCUGUUUGCGAGGUUUCGUGGCUUGCUCAUCUCAGAGAAAAUCAGUGGAAGAACAUACCCAAACACCAGGGUAGAAAGGAAAUUUAUGUUCUGGUAAGAAAUUUGAGAUCCACUGCAUAUAGACUAGCUCUUGCUACCAUAGUUCUGGAAACACAAGAAAAUGACCUGGAGUUUAUGUGAUAUUCAAUAUUGUCUGUUCUGAAGCCUGUCGUUGUGAUUAUGGUAGGAGAGAUUCUUUAUGUAGUGGAUGGCGUUGAUUUUGGGUGUUGUUUCAAACGUGUUAAACAGCAUAGUGGCGAUCUUGCUACUAAUUUCGUCCUUUCAAAUCGUUACUAGUAUAGGUGCUAGGACCUAUACUAAAUUUCACGAUGGUAGGUAAUGCCGACAAAGACAAAGAACGAUUGAAAAUACACAAUUUUUGUAAUUGUUAAUUUUGGGAUGAAAAGAAUAUUAUGAAAGAAAUAUUACAUAACUCAGGUAGUUACGGGGGCAAUAUUAAGAAAACACAUAACCCGUCCGUAAUUGCAAAUUGAAUUGUU